GAAACCUGCGGGAGGGAGAAAGAGGAGGAGGAGGAGGAGAAGGAGGAAGAAGAAGGGGAGGCUGCAGCGGAGUCCGGUGGCUCAGGGUGCGGGGACCGAGCCAGCUUCUGGUGGGCAGCGUGAGAGCAUCCCCGGUGACCAUGACUACUGAAGUUGGUUCCGAGUCCGAAGUGAACAAGCAGGGUGAGCAAAUUGGAUCAGAUGCUGCCCAGGAGAAACCCGAUGAAGAAGCACCAGAAAGUCAACAGAAUCCAUCCUCAGAACCUGAGGAGGUAAAAAGUCCCUCUUCCCCCCCUGCAGCUGUUGUCAGCAAAAGCAGCCCCCGCAGUCAGAAGAAGGAGAAGGAUCCCUCCGAGAGCAGGGGCAUCUCUCGAUUCAUACCUCCUUGGCUCAAGAAACAGAAGUCCUAUAACCUGGUAGAGGCCAAAGAUGGAGUGGAAAGGAAGGAGCCUGCUGAGGUUCUCCUCGAAGAAGGUGCCGUAGAGAAAGACGAAUCGGCUGCAGAAGAAGGGAGCAUGGCCAGGGGUGACGCUGAAGAGGUCCUGGAGAGAAAACGGCAGGACGUCCGAGCCGACGAGAAGGAGGAGAAGCACUCGGUGAGCAGUGCCGAGACGCAGCCUGCUAAAGAAGAUAGUAAAGAGAUAGAAGUGGCAAAGGUAGAAGGAAUCCCGGAAGAAAAACAGGAAGGAGAAGCAGCAAAAAGGGAGACUAAGGAAGUUCAGACCACUGAGCUCAAAGCAGAGAAGACAGGCCAGAAGGCUUCCAAGAAGAUAAAAACUGUGCCGUGUAAAGUGAUCCUUCUCGAUGGCAUGGAGUACAGCUGUGACCUAGAGAGCUGGCUGGAUCCUUCUAAAGAAAUCAAGAAGCAAGUUCGAAAUCUUCCUUGGAUAUUCACCUUUAAUGUGAAAUUUUAUCCUCCUGAUCCUUCCCAACUGACCGAAGACAUCACCAGAUAUUUCCUGUGCCUUCAACUUCGACAGGAUAUUGCUUCUGGCCGCCUACCCUGUUCUUUUGUGACUCAUGUUCUCCUUGGUUCAUAUACAUUGCAAGCUGAGCUUGGUGACUAUGACCCAGAGGAGCACAACAGUGACUACAUCAGUGAAUUUCAGUUUGCACCCAAUCAAACUAAGGAGAUGGAAGAGAAAGUAAUAGAGCUGCACAAAACUCACAGGGGCUUAUCUCCAGCACAGGCUGAUUCUCAAUUUUUAGAAAAUGCAAAGAGACUUUCCAUGUAUGGUGUAGAUCUACAUCAUGCCAAGGACUCAGAAGGUGUGGACAUCAAGCUGGGCGUAUGUGCUAAUGGACUACUUAUUUAUAAGGACAGACUGAGAAUUAAUCGAUUUGCCUGGCCUAAAAUCCUGAAAAUCUCCUACAAGCGCAGUAACUUCUACAUUAAAGUCAGGCCAGCAGAGCUGGAACAGUUUGAGAGCACCAUUGGGUUCAAACUGCCAAACCACCGGGCUGCUAAAAGGUUAUGGAAAGUGUGUGUGGAGCAUCAUACUUUCUACAGGCUUGUGUCACCCGAACAGCCACCAAAGGCUAAGUUCCUCACUUUGGGGUCUAAGUUCCGAUAUAGUGGCCGUACUCAAGCCCAGACCCGACAGGCAAGCACCCUUAUAGACAGACCAGCUCCAUAUUUUGAGCGUACAUCCAGCAAACGGGUCUCAAGAAGUCUUGAUGGAGCCCCUGUUGGUGUUGUAGACCAAAAGGAUUUCUCUGGCCCUGCUGGUGAUGUUUCUGUUUAUGGCCUUGGAGUUGCCAGCCAUAGCAUGUUUCAAGAUGGAGAUGGCAGAAGGGAAUUUAGAAGCCCAACCAAAACUCCACAAUUGCAGUUUACUACUGAAGGAAAGAAGAAUUCCUUGAGAGUAGAAGGGGAAAAUAUUUAUGUCAGACAUAGCAAUUUAAUGUUGGAGGACCUGGAUAAGACCCAGGACGACAUACUGAAACAUCAGGCUAGCAUUAGUGAACUCAAGCGCCAUUUUAUGGAAUCCACACCUGAACCACGUCCCAAUGAAUGGGAAAAGCGGCGUAUCACACCUUUGUCUCAACAGACACAAGGGAGAAAAGACCAUCUUUUCAAAAUGGAUAUUUUGCCUGUGAAGGAAAAACAACAGAUCCCAGCGGCCCCGAUUGUGGAAGAAAAAGCUCAGGAGAUGGACAAGAAACGUGCUCCCACAGCAGAAGGGCCUUGUUCUGGAGCCAACGAUACUGUUAAGAGUUCACAUGAGACUCUGAAUGUAGUGGAGGCGAAGAAGCAGGCAGAGGUUGGGAAAGAAGAGAGAGUAAUCACAGAAGGCGUGAAUGGUAGAGAGAAAAUACCACCCAGGAGUGAUCCUGGGGAGACUCAUAAGGUGGAACCCCUGGCACAUAAAGACUCCCCAUCCCUAUCUUCAGAGAACAGCAGCAGCAGCAGCAGUGACAGUGAGGAAGAAGAUGUAGGAGAGUACCGACCCCAUCACCGGGUGACUGAGGGUACCAUCCGGGAAGAGCAGGAGGAAAAUGAAGAAGAGAUGGAGGAGGAGAAGGAAGAACAGGCAUCAAAGGUAGUACAGUGUGUGGAAGCAGUCCCAGAAGCCAGCUCAGUAAAGCAAAUUACAGUAGAAACAGUGGUCCAGGAAAAUGUAGUUUCCCAAAAGGUCUCUGGAGAGAAGAGUUUAAAAGAAGGAGAUGAGCAAGACAUGAGAGAAGAAACUGAGGAAGAACAGCACAGAGUAAACGGAGAAGUGUCUCAUGUUGACAUUGAUGUUUUGCCAGAAAUAAUUUGUUGUUCAGAGCCACCAGUGGUAAAAACAGAGAUGGUAACUAUUUCUGAUGCUUCACAAAGAACAGAAAUCUCCACCAAGGAAGUCCCAAUUGUCCAAACAGAGACCAAAACCAUCACUUAUGAAUCUCCACAGAUUGAUGGAGGUGCUGGUGGUGAUGCUGGCACAUUAUUGACUGCACAAACCAUCACUUCUGAAUCCGUGUCUACAACUACAACCACUCAUAUUACCAAGACAGUAAAAGGUGGAGUAUCUGAAACAAGAAUUGAAAAACGAAUUGUUAUCACAGGAGAUGCUGAUAUUGAUCACGACCAGGCAUUGGCACAGGCAAUUAAGGAAGCCAAAGAGCAGCACCCCGACAUGGCAGUCACAAGAGUGGUGGUGCAUAAAGAGACGGGAAUCACAGAAGAAGAGGAAGAAUAAAGACGUGCUCUUUUAAAAUAACAUCCAACUUUGUGAACAUGAAGAAUUCUGACCCUUCCUAGCUGAUGCCACACCACUACUCCAAUGAAUUUAUACCACAAGCGGUAACAAUGACCAGGCACCUAAAGAAUAAAAUGCCAACACCAAACCUUACCUUAACAUCUCUGGUCUAUACUGUUUCCUGACAUCUUAAUUAUUAUUCAUCUUUUUUUAUUUUGUAUAACCACUUCCUAAUAUUCUUAGUUUUUAUUUUGUUUUUUAUUUUGAUUUUUUCAAAGGUUAGGAUUUGUCUUUGACUUUGUGUACAACUACCUGCUAAUUUUAUGCCUGCUUUUUGAUCAAAUGACAGUGAACAAAGCCAGCCUCAGCUGUCAGGUGCUGUUCACUUGAACAGGUGCUGUUGUACAAAAAAAGGAAAAUCUUUGACUAAUUUAGAUAAGGGAUUCCCGCCCCCUCCCCCCUUGACUCUCUUGUCAAUUGAAAUCUUACUGGAAUAAUUUACAAAUUUUUCAGAUCAAGGUCAAUAUACUGCCUAAGAUAAUAUUACAAAGUAGGGUUUUUAAACAAAAGUUUCCUACAUUUUGAAAAACUUUGGACAUGUUUGAGAAUUUCACUUGAGAUAUAUUUUAUAUUGAGCCCUCUUAACUCUUUCAUUCCUAAUGCUCUUUACUUUCAUUGGAAAGUAAGAGGCAAAUUUUCCAGACUAGAAAGAGUUAUGAAGGAGGCCAGUGAGCCUGUUCUUAGAGAACUUGUUGUGUUCCAGUGCAGAUAGUCAUGUUCAACUGGUUCCCAGACAUGCAGUCAUCUCCUGAAGCAUUCCAGAACAAGGAGGGAAGGAAGGGGAGACCUUUCUUCCCUCCUCUUAAAAGACAUAGGCAGCUUAAAAACUUAGUGCUUUUCUCUUAACAAGUCCAAAUUUCAAGAUCUUCCAUUAUUCGCACCCUUGUGUAGAAUGCUUGCUUUUUAUUAAAUCUCAUUGUCUACAUGUUUAAAAAAAAAAACAAACAAAAAAACUGACCCUCUUUUGUUGCCGAGAAGGUAGAUCUGUUUCAGAUAGUGUGUCUGAUGAUUCAUGCAGGUUUAAAGGAUGCUGAGGGAAAGGGAUGGGUGCUGAGGUGAUUUUUAUGGUGGUGAUGAGAAAGCUGCACCAUUCAGAGCUGUCACCAGAGACACCAGAACGGGGACUUAAGAUUAACUGUGUUGAAAUUUCAUUUUGUUUUUGUUGUUGUUAUUUUGUUUUGUUUUUGGCUGUUGACUCUGUCUAUAGUUACAAUGCCAGAUUAGAUUUAUAGCAGCUUGAAAUCGUAUUAAGUGGUAUUUUGCUUUCUGUAAUACUGUUAUAAAAUAAAAUUUGUUUAUUCUCUAAA